CUUUGUUUCUUCCUCUUGUGUCGCUCUCCCUUUCAUUUAUUAUCCCAUCUUCCUCCUUUAACUUGAGCAUGUCAGUGAGUCUCUCUAUAUGAGUAGACGGUGACUCACACGCGCUCUUAAUCUUCUUCAUCACAAUGAAAAUUCAGAAUCUCCUCUUACUCCUUCUCUCCCAUUUAAUUCUCUCUCUCUCUUUCACUCCCCUCUUCGCCUCCGAUUCGCACUUCGAGGGCUUCGACGCCGAAGACGACGUCGCAGAGGAUGAGCCUCUCGACCUCGACUUACUUAGCCGAGUCACCGAUCUCCCCUUGACUCAGUCCGAGUCCACCUCAUCUCCACCCAUCACCGCCACGACAACCAAUCUCGAUUCCCCAGUUCCCCAAUCGGAUUCGAAUCCAAACCCUAACCCGAUUCCUGCAUCUUCGGAUCCUCUAUCAAAGUCCUCGGCUCCAACGACGUCGUUUGAUUACUGGGACGAAGAUGAGUUCGAAGGCUUACCCGUUCAUGAACAGCCCCAGUUGGAAACCCCAACGGUUACUGAAUCCGCUGCGAGUACGGAUCAAACCCGAGACCCGAAAACAACUGAAGAAGCUAAGGACGUCGCCAUUUCGAAGAAGAAGAAUUCGUACAAAGUGGAGAUCGUUUGUGUGACAUUUUUGAUCAUGUUUAUAAUCAAUUACUUUAUGGGCAGACGGGAGAAUGAAAAUCUUGCUCUGGCGUGGGCGACGAAAUUCGCCACAAAAGAUUCUAUUGUUGACAAGAAUUUUAGUCUAUUGGGUGUUGGAGAGGGAGACGACUCGCAUUUGUUGUUGAAAGAAGGGCAAAAUGUCUUUAAAUUUUACGCCAGUGGGAGGAGGUACUGUUCAGGCUUGUUGGCAACGAUGGAGUUGAAGAGCCGGCAUGAUUUGAUAUCGAGAUUGUAUAAUUUAGCGGUGCCUUGUAAGGAUGAGAUUACUUUUGAGGUUUAUAUGAAUGAUGAUACCAUGGAUCAUGUGGUGUUUGCCAUGGCGAGGAAGAAGGCAGCUAAAGCCAUGCAGAAGGAGGUUGGGGACUUAAAUAAGUUUGCAGGAUUGUUAACAGCGCCACCAACACCGAAGAAAUGGGUGGUGGAGGAUUUGGGGGUUGUUUCAGAGAGUAAGGAGGUUGCUGGGGAUUUGAUCACCGAGGCAGUGCUUGAUCAGGUUUUUGGCGACAAAGCUUUUGAGAAAUAUGGGAAGUGUUUUAUUUCAAUGCAUUUUUCUGAUCAACACCCUGGCUCACAUAGGAAGAUGCUGCUAUUCAAAUUUGCCCUUCCUGAUGCCAACAACAUGGCUGAUAUGAGCCGGUUGGUGGCCCUUGUACCCUAUUACAUUGAUCUAAUUGGACGAUACAAGCUCAGCUCACAGGCUCGAUCAAAAACAGAAGCAGCCAGACAGAAGGCUGCCCAAGAGGCAUACAAAGAACUUCAAAACGCUAGGCAAGAAGCCUUACAGAAAAAGAAGGCAGAAAGGAGAAAGAUGAUGGAGCAGGUUGAGGCAAAGCUGAGUGCUGAGGCUAUUCACAGGAAGGAUGCGAAAGAACGUGCUCGUCAAAUGAAGAAAGCAAUGCCUAGAGUAAAGAUGACACAAGCUCACUAGACAGUCUCUCCCCUGUCAGACGAAGAUAACAAAUCUAGGAUAAAAGAUAUAACCAAAGCUCGCGUGGUGAUUUCAAGUUCUGUUACACAGCGUUUUGGAGUCUGCCUUCUGGUUUAUCUCUUGAUUUCCCUCUGAUGUUGUAGUUGGCUACCCGGCCUUACAUCGGAUUUUGGCCUUUUUGUAUCCUAUGACUGUGAACUUCGGCUCCAUUUGUACCAGCUAUUCUCCAGCAUAACCACAUCCUUGUGGGUUUUGAGAAACACCAAAAUUGCAAUCUUUAAAAACCAUUAUAAAAAUUUUUCUUGAAUGGCUCCA